CUCGCUUCCCAUCACUUCAAUUGCUCCGCUCGCUAGAUCCGCUUAUAAACUUCGCCGGCGCGCUACAAGUCCUACCAACUUUGCGACAAACGACGACAACGACAUACCUACCAACACAAAGGGCCAUGCCGACCUCUCGGUCAACGCAAGACGGCAGUGGCAAACCGCCAUUGCCGUCUUUCACAUUUCCGCUUCCGCCUCCAGAUGAUGGCCUGGGAAAACUUCUGGACGACGAUGUUGGCAUCUACAGUGACGUGACAAUGCCUCCCGAGCCCAUUCAAGACAACAACUUGGCACAGGAGCCAACGCUACCGUCUGAUGCUUCCAAAAUUCACUGGGAUUCAGAAAAUUCAACAGAGACGAAUUUUCAACUCGUGGAAACCAUUGGCACUCCGUUACGGCGCACAUUAUCCGCAGAUGAUGCGCUCACCCAACAUGCUUCGCUCGUCGAGGCAUUGAACGCAUUGGAUUUACAUAAUCAAGCCACGAUGCGCCCUUCACGAUCACUCUCCCAAUCCGGCCCUGUGACCGGGACUGUUCAAUGGCUCAAAGAGACGGAUGUACCGAAGAUUCCUCUGCACGAUUUGCCAGGACCCAGUAAACCAGCCAUCGUUCCAGGUGGGCAGACACAACCUUCACCACCCAUACAGGCCGACAUAUCAAGAGCCUCCCAACCAGAAACUCAGGACACGGACCGACCUCCGCCAUCGCCAUCAUCAUCAUCGGCCGCCAUCCUCCAACACGCACAAUCCCUCACGCCCGUCCCACGCUUCCACUUCCUCCUCCACCACACGGAACGACUCUGCCAACUCCACACCCACGCCACGAUCCCCUCCAACAUCUUCAACCGAGAGUCCCUCCCGCCAUCCCAAUCCCCGCCGGACCUGACACCAACACGCUUUGCGAGCAGUCUCUCUGCCGCGCAGGACGCAUCCCACACCGCCCAGCCCGCCGGACCCGCAUACGACGACCUCAGGGUAUUCAGUGCACUCUGGCAGACCACCAUCGCGCUCCUCGACAACAUCCUGUCAGCUCAUGCGGUGUUGUCCCUGGAGGCUUUCGGCUGGGGCGUCUACGGUCUGUCAUCCGGGCUCAUCGAAACGGACGCCCUGGUGCUAAACCACAAGGCAAGGCUGCAUACGGCUUUGAGCAGCUUGCCGUAUCUGACUGGGCGGAAGAGGGCCCGGAAAGAUGACAGCGGAGUUAUGGUGGGGUACCUCAAGGACUCCAUGGUUGUGAGGCUGUCGGAGGAUGGGAGGGUUCACAGUCUGACGAGCGCGAGGAGGAGCGUGCAUGUUUGUGCGUGGUUGCUCGUGCAGGGGAUGCGGAAAGAGGGCUGGGAUGGCGUGAGAUGGGGCCAUGGAGUGAGGGUGUGUGAGGGGUGGAUGAAGCUGCUCGGGUGGGAGGACGAAAAGCCGGACGAUCCGUUUAUGCGGGAUGAUGGGAUUGAGGAAGAGCCCAGGCAAGAGAUUGAGACUAGUCCCGAACGUGCUCGCAGUCACAGACGAUCAUUUAGCUUGAUGUGAGAGAGAAAGUCUACAGGCAAGUCGAUAUAUACACACGAGAAUAGCGUGCAUGAUUGCAUAGCGGGAAGAAAUUGCAAACACUCAAGGAUGCAAGAGUAUACCAAGAUUAGAUACCAAGGGUUGCAUAACGACUGCGAUUCCAUAUUUUCCUUUUUAGAUUACCAUGGCGGAAGGUAUAUAGACUGGGCCAGGCGUUCGUCUGAUAUCUCUAAUAUUACGACAACUUUCCCUUCUUGUCCCUCAAU